CAAUAAUUUUCCUCUCUUCCACCUGUAAAAUUCUUUCAACAAUUUCUUUCUCAAAAUCUUUCUUUAGAGAGCCAAAAAGAAGAACAACGAGUUAAAGGGAUUCAAAGGAAAACAAAAACAUGGAAUGAAAGUGUUCAUAUAUUCAUCCAGAAAACUUAGAAAAAAUUAGACAAAUAAAAAAAUGGCAUACGUAGAAUUAAGCACAUAUGAUCCGGCCCAUUUAUGGAGUAGUGAUGAAUGGAAUGGGACAGAGAUGAUGUGCCAAGAACGUCCUUAUUAUUUAGGGUCUCAAAGCAUGUUUUCUGACCCUUAUUAUCCUCAUGGUUCUGAUUCAUCAACAUCUUUUCUUCUUUUUUGUUUGAUUUUGUUGAUUAUAACACUUACCUCAUUCAUCCUUAAACCUCUUGGCUUGCCAGCCAUGUCCAAAAUGUUUGGUGGUUUCUUUGUAAUUGGACUAUUAUUCUCAAAAAAUGUCUUUGAGUUUCAAACAUUACUCCAUCCAACGAUUUACUACCUAAUGAGAACCUUCUCAGUUUUAGGGUUCAUAUUCUAUUCAUUCAUAUUUGGUGUAGAAACAAACAUGAGUGCAUUGAGAAAAGUAGGAAAGAAAGCUUUCAUCAUAAGUUUUUCAGGCUAUUUUGUUUCAUUAAUUUUUAGUUAUGGUGCAGUAAGAUUACUAGGCUUAAAGGGAGGAUUUAUAGGACAUACAAGAGAAAUUGUUCUUGUUUCUCAAACCUUCUUCAUGGUUACAUGUGGCCAUGUUAAUGAUCUUAAUAUAAGCAACUCAGAAAUCGGUCGUUUAGCUUGUGCUGUAUCUUUAGUCCUUGAUGUCUAUGCAAUGUUUGCAACUUUCAUCUUGUUCAAUAUUUAUUUCCCUUUUAUGGCUAGUGAUUAUAAAGUACCUUUCAUGGUUAUAGGGGUCUAUUUUAUCAUGUUCCUCAUUUGUAGACCCUUGAUUUUGGUCAUUCUUAGUUACACACCAGAAGGACGCCGUAUGAAAGAUUCACAUUUCCUGGCUAUCAUCUUAAUUGUCCUUUUCAUAGCUUUGAUCAGUAUGCAAGUUGGUCAGCCUCUUGCGGUCUUAUUGUUCGCCUUGUUCCUACCAGAAGAGCCACUUACCACCAUUUUGUCCGACAGAUUGGAUACCUUCAAUUCUAGUGUGUUAUUGCCUAUCUUUUGUGCUAUGCAUGGAUUUUCAACGGAUUUUAAUUCUCUUACCAAAGAGUCUCUCGCAGUUGAGCUUCUUAUUGUGCUUGGUACCAUUGGCAAGCUUUUAGGAACUUUUAUCUCUUCAAGGCUGUUCGGAACACCUUUUUGGAGUGCCACAACACUUAGUAUCAUCAUGUGUUCCAAAGGUUUCAUUGAUAUAGUUAUGCUCGGCCAAUUUCGGAAUCAAGGGUUCAUGACAGCAGAACACUACACAAUCGUAGGAAUUCAUAUUUUGUUCAGUACAGGAGUGUUUUUACCCCUUGUGAGGUACAUGUACGAACCAUCAUCACAAUACUCUACAAUUUUAAGACAAGGUGUGAUUGCCUCUGCUGAAACUGGCACUUUACAAGCAUUAAUAUGUAUUCACAAGGAAGAAAAUCUACCAGGAAUUAUCCGCCUUCUCGAGGCAUUUCACCCUACAUAUGAAAAGCUGAUACCAGUAGUUGCUCUCCAACUCAUUCAACUCACUGGCAGAGUCACUCUUCCUAUACUCGCUCCCUUCCAUGAAGUUCAAUCCUCUGCUGCUUUCCGCUCAAACCUUGGUCGUUGCAACCGUAUAAUAAGUUCCUUGUUGAGCCUUGAACGUAGGACUGAUGGUGCUGUGCGCUUACAACACUACAUUUCAGUGUCUUCAUAUGCUACGAUGCAUAAUGAUAUAUGUAAUGUCGCACAUGAAAAGAAUGUUAGCCUUCUUAUUAUACCCUUCCACACACAAUGGACACUUGACGGGGCUGUGGAACAAUUCUCUCAACCUAUUAGGGAUGUUAACAAGAUGGUUCUCGAAAAGGCACCUUGUUCUGUAGGCCUGCUAAUCGAUCGAGGAGACAAGAGUGUAAGCAUCCUAAGCAUGGUUUACAGGGUUGCUAUUUUCUUCAUAGGCGGGGUAGAUGAUCAUGAGGCACUCGCAUAUGCCACCCUAUUCGCGAGCCAUCCUAGCAUAAGUCUGACAGUGAUUUGGUUGAAAUCCAAAAUGUCCGAGAGUAACACCCACAAGUUUGAUGAUUAUGCAGUUAUUCAAGAUUUUCACAACAAGGUUAAGGACAAUGAGAGAAUAUCUCUACAGGAGGUUGUCGUCAAUGAUGGUGCAGAAACAACUAAAGCAAUUAUCGCGGUGAAAAAUGAUGUUGAUUUAGCUGUAGUAGGUAGGUACCAUGAGCCUGGAUGUACUCCCUUGUUUGGCCUUUCGGAUAGAUGGUGCGAGUACCCGGAGUUGGGAAUUCUUGGUGACAUGCUUGUAACUCCAGAAUUUGAGUUCUCAGUUUUGGUUGUGCAAGAGGAACCACAUCAGACAACAGGAAAUGAUGAUCUAAUUGAAGAUUUUAUAAUGUGAUGCUUCAUUCAACUUCUUCAAGUACUUAUUAUAUGAUCUUUAUGGUGAAAGUUCAGAGAGUAUAUGGA